AUGGAGGAACUCCGAAAGAAAUUGGAGCAGGAACAAAGUGAGACGGAGGUGCUCCGAGCUGAAUUAAAGAACGCUGAGGGGCUUCGGGCCGAGCUGGAGGGAGCAGAAGUUACGACUACUGGAAUUGGAGAAACUUCUGGAGCAGAAGACCGGUGUGAACUUGUAACUGUCCUCAGCGAACGAGAGGAGCGGGAUGCGAAGGUACAAAGCUCGAGUGCGGCAUUGCUGCAGAAGACUGCUGAUGCCGAGGCCCUUGCUUCCAAGCACGCUGACCUGGAAGCAGCGCUAGCUUGCAAGACCGACGAGGCGGCGAAAGCGUCGGAAGCGCUGUGUCUGGCCCAGACGACACUGGGUGACGUGCAGACAGAGCUGCAGCGUGAACGGUCAUCGGCCGAGGAGCGGGAGGUCGAGCUCGGCCGCCUGAGGGCGGAGCUGGCCGCCCAGCAGUCGGCCGCCGGCGCCGCCUCGGGCCAGCUGUCCGACCUGACGGCCGAGCGGGACGCGGCUGUUGCCCGGCUGCAGGAGCGCGACGCCCAGCUGGCCAGUGCGGAGGCCUCGGUCGCCGAGCGCGAGGCCGAGUUGGCGCGCCUGCAGGCCGAACGGGCGGAGGGCGACGAGCAGGCGGCCGCCUGGGAGCGCGAGCGCGUGGCGGUGGCCGAGACGCGCGACGAUCUGGAGCGACGCGUCUCUGAGCUGGAGGAGCAGUUGGCAGAGAAGCAGCGUCAGUACGCGGGCCUGGUGGACCGGCAGGAGGCGGAGCGGCGUGCCGAGCAGGCCGACAUCCGACUCAAGAACGGCCAGAACGAGCUGGACACGCUGCGUGGCGCGCGCGAGCGGCUGGAGUUGGACACGCUCCGGCUCCGCGACGAGCUGAAGACGCUGACCGUAGGCAAGAUAACGAACGACUCCAGGCGCGCCGUGGAGGAGCUGGAGAGGCGAGGCGAAGCGCCGCCCAGGAUUCAGGUGACCGGUCGGCAGACGGCCGCUUCGGCGGAGAAGCCGAUCACCAUCAGGACGCUCACGCUGGAGAAGCCGGGGGCGACGACGCCGAGGGGCUGCGGGCCCCGCCUGCUGGCGCAGGACGGCGAGCUGGUGCAGUUGCGCAGCGAGAGGGAUGCGCUGCAGUGUUCGGGUGCCAAGCACAGUGCCCGCAUCGGUGGCCAUCGGCUGCCGUCGCUGGUCUGCAGUGCCCGGCUCGACGCCCAGCCUGCGGCGCUCUGCCUGCCGGGCCUGGUCAUUGUUCCAACUCGCUUCGCUUACUAA